AGAGCCAAACCCCCUCCUUCUCCACCUCAACCCCUGGUGUUCCCUCCAUCAGAGGCUCAUCCACUCUUUCCCCGGACUCUUGAAGACACAGUAACCCAUCAGCCAGCCACCAUGAAGACUGCUCUGGCGCUGCUGCUGCUCGCCUCUCUGGCCUGCCACAGCCAUGCGCUCAAAUGUCACACAUGCGUGGCGGCCAAUGACGACGACUGCAACCGACAGGGAUCCACCUCUUGUCCUCAGUACGCCGAUGCCUGCUCCACCAUCACUGGACCUAACACCGUGAUGAAGUCGUGCACAUACAGGGCCUUCUGCGACAAGGCUCAUGGCAGCAGCUCUGGAGCCAAGAUGGAGUGUUGUUUUGGAGACGACUGCAACGGGCCCCACAGGAGUCACAGCCACGGGGAUCACCACCACAACAGUGCAGGGGCUCUGGCCUCCAGCCCAGUCUUGCUGCUCACAGCCCUGCUGCUGCGUAUGGCCUUCAGUCAGCUCUAAACUCCUCCACCUCUUCUUCCCUCCAGUGAUUCAUCACCUCUUUUUAUUUGUUAUAUUAUCCAUGCAAGUUUUUAAAAAAGAGAGUUGCAAAGAGUUCUCAUGUGGUUUGACAACAAAAAGUGUGCUAUAAUGAGGUUUUCGCAGGUUUGUUCCAGAAAUACGAGCUGCAUUUCAGCAACUUUCAUUUUCUUUUAGCAUUUUUUUCAUUAUUUAUUAUCAUCUAACACUUCAAUAGUAACUUAAUUUUAUAUAGUAGUAUCUUCAGUUUCGGAUAAUGUCAAGCUGUGAACCUAUGAUCUUUACAGUGUAUGUGGUGAACAAAUGUGCAAAAAGUGAAGAGCACCUACUCACAGCGCUGAUGCAGCCAGGGGGGACUCGGGUGUGGUUUUAGUAGGUGUGGGUAGAUGUAGUGCACAGUUUGCUUCACACCAUAGAACCACAUUAUCUGUCGGUGUCAUGGUAACACAAACAUCUGACAACAAAUGUAUAAAAAUGUCUAAUAAUGAUGUGUGUAGUGCUUUAUUUGCGCACUUGUGUGCAUGUAAGCUGAAUAAAGAUGCAAUCACACCCUCA